AUGGUGCCACACAGGGCCAGGAGGCUUCCGGACCCCAUGGCAGUCAGGCCCUUGGAGCAGCAGCUGGGCAGCCUCACCGUCUUCACCCGUGAUGAUUUUGAGGAAGAAUGGCACCUAGUAGCCAGCGGUGGCUUCAGCCAGGUGUUCCAGGCAAGGCACAAGCGCUGGAGGACGCAGUAUGCCAUCAAGUGCUCCCCAUGCCUCCAGAAGGAAACCACCAGCUCUGAGGUGAGUUGCCUCUUUGAAGAAGCAGUCAAAAUGGAGAAGAUUAAGUUUCAACACAUUGUGUCCAUCUAUGGGGUCUGCAAGCAGCCCCUGGGCAUCGUGAUGGAGUUCAUGGCCAACGGUUCCCUGGAGAAGAUACUACCUACCCACAGCCUCUGCUGGCCACUCAAGUUCCGCAUCAUCCACGAGACAAGCUUGGCCAUGAACUUCCUCCACGGCAUUAGGCCACCCCUGCUCCACCUGGACCUGAAGCCAGGCAACAUCCUGCUGGACAAUAGCAUGCAUGUCAAGAUUUCAGAUUUUGGCCUGUCCAAGUGGAUGGAGCAGUCAACCCAGAAGCAGUACAUUGAGAGAUCAGCUCUGAGGGGUACACUCAGCUACAUACCUCCUGAAAUGUUCCUGGAAAAUAACAAGGCUCCGGGGUCUGAAUAUGAUGUGUACAGCUUUGGGAUUGUCGUCUGGGAGAUUCUCACUCAGAAGAAACCUUAUGCAGGGCUCAAUAUGAUGACCAUUAUCAUCCGGGUGGCUGCAGGCAUGAGGCCCUCCUUGCACGAUGUCUCUGCUGAGUGGCCAGAGGAGGCCCAUCGGAUGGUGGACCUGAUGAAGCUCUGCUGGGACCAAGACCCCAAGAAGAGGCCAUGCUUCCUAAAUGUGAUCAUCGAGACAGACAUGCUACUGUCCCUGUACCAGACCCCUGUGGCAGAUCCUGAGUAUGAAGCCCUGACCCGGAAGGUGUCUUACAAGCCAUCGCUGAGCCAGCCCCACAAGGCAGGGAGGACCAGAGCUGAUCCCUGAUGACCCACCCUGUACAAUACUUUGCAGGUCAGCAAGGAGGUCAGCCAGGAGAUUGCAGACAAUGCAGACUCAGGUGACUCCUUGAAGUGGAUUCUACAGCUCUCUGACAGCCAGAGCUUGGUCCCAAGUGAUAUCUAUGAGAACAAGGUGACUCCCCUACACUUUCUAGUGGCCAGGGGCAGCUUGGAACAAGUGAGGCUGCUGCUGUCCCAUGAGAUCGAUGUAGACUGCCAGACAGCUUCUGGCUAUACACCACUCCUCAUUGCCACCCAGGACCAGCAGCCUGACCUCUGUGCCCUGCUUCUGGCCCAUGGUGCUGAUACCAACCUGGCAGAUGAAGAUGGCUGGGCCCCACUGCAUUUCGCAGCCCAGAGUGGGGAUGACCACACUGCCCGUCUGCUCCUGGACCAUGGGGCCCUGGUGAAUGCACGGGAGCAUGAGGGUUGGACCCCACUCCACCUGGCUGCACAGAACAACUUUGAGAAUAUUGCUCGGCUUCUGGUCUCCCGUCAGGCUGACCUCAACCCACGUGAGGUGGAGGGCAAGACUCCCCUCCAUGUUGCCGCCUACUUUGGCCACAUUGGCUUGGUCAAGCUGCUGACAGGACAGGGAGCUGAGCUGGAUGCUCAGCAGAGAAACCUGAGGACACCCCUGCACCUGGCAGUGGAGAAGGGAAAAGUGAGAGCCAUUCAGCACCUGCUAAAAUGUGGGGCACUCCCUGAUGUGCUUGACCACAAUGGCUACAGUCCUUUGCACAUUGCUGCAGCCAGGGGCAAGUACCUUAUCUUUAAAAUGCUUCUGAGACAUGGGGCCAGCCUUGAGCUACGCACACAACAGGGAUGGGCACCCCUGCACCUAGCAACUUACAAGGGCCACCUGGAGAUUAUCCAUCUGUUAGCCAAGAGCCAUGCAGACCUAGAUGCUCUUGGAAGUAUGCAAUGGACUCCCCUGCACCUGGCUGCCUUCUGUGGGGAGGAGGGAGUGAUGCUGGCCUUGCUGCAGUGUGGGGUCAAUUCCAAUGCCUCUGAGCAGUCAGGCUGGACUCCUCUCCACCUGGCAGUGCAUAAAGGGACUUUCCUGGGUAUCGUCCACCUUCUGGAGCACGGUGCUGAUGUCCACGCUUGCAACAAAGUGGGCUGGACACCUGCUCACCUGGCUGCUCUCAAGGGCAACACAGAAAUCCUCAAAGUUCUAGUCAAAGCUGGUGCGCGACUGGAUGCCAAGGAUGGAGUUGGCUGUACUCCCUUGCAGCUAGCCCUCCGCAGCCUAAAGCAGAGCACUGUUGCCCUCUUGCAGGACAAGGAACCUUCACUAGCCAUUCUGGGAGAUUCUAAGCCUGGGCCUCCGAUGGAUGAUUAG